UCUUACAACAGAUCAGUCAGUACCGACUAUAGCUAGCACCUUUGGAACAGGUGGUAACUUUUUACCAAGAGAUCGAGUUAUAUACGUUUGCGAGAGCGGCAGUUCUCCGAUUCUCGCGAGUCUCGGGUUGACCUUUCGCUGUUUUGUUCUGUUGUUGGUUAUAAUAUAGUUAGUUGAUUUCGCUCGCGAUCGCGCCUGUUGUUCCGUGAUUUUUUUGUCUUUUUCUUCGCUUCGUUUGCUCGCCAGGAUGGUAGUUUUUGUUUAACCUACCGAUUUCCAUUCUGAUUAUUUUCUCGUCCCCAUAUUGAGAAGAAUCAUGGUUGUUAUGCUGCACACAUUAACCCUAGUAUCUUUAGGAUACUUGGCAGCAGUUAGCUGUGAGCGAGAACACAAGGUCCACAACAUAGUUCUUUACCCAGAAAGGCACUCCUGGUGCCAAACCACCCCGAUCCAACAAGUAGUUUCAUCCCCCGGCUACAAAUCGGUCACGAUCCAGAACAAUGUCUGCGUGGGAGCGUGUUUCAGUUACUCCAUACCAAAAACCGAACCAGCAGAACCGGGAGAACUGAUCGGUCCAUAUUGCGACAGCUGCCAGCCAUCCGAGAUUACAUGUUAUCAUGUUAAUCUACAAGCGGAAGACAGCAACCUAGAGGUACCAAAGGUACUUCAAAAACGCGUCGAGGUUAUUAUGAACUGUAGCUGUCAGAGUUGCGAUAAAGUGCGUAGUGAGGAUUGCAUUAAUCACACUAAUAGUAUUGAAUUGCCGUUGAGUUUGUAUGCGGAUCCGGAAAGUUUGAAUAGGUCCAGUGAGGAUAAUAUUCAUCCAGAUCUAAUUGAUGCACAAAACUCACAAAAGCAGUACAUCGAAAACGACACAAAGCUAAAAAACACCUUGAAGAAAUGGUUCGAGACGUACCAAAGUGAAAACAGCGAUAAUAAGAAUGCGGAAAUAGCAGAUCUAAGUUUAGAUAUCGCCAAGAAAAACGAAAAAAUCAACAAGGAUUUGGAGGGUUUGCCGAAGAGUUUCGGAGUUGAGGGUGCGUCCAGUCACCAAAAAGGAUCCCACAUUGGCAUGGGAAUAUCCCACCAUCCAAACGACGUGGUCGACCCAGACACCAAAACCAUCACCGACGAAGUGAAACCGACCCACCAUAGCCACCACCACAAUCACCAUCACAGCAAAGAUUCCAGCGAGCAUCAUCACCAUCACCAUUUAGGCGAAGAACAACAUUUAGGGUUGAGCGUUGAACAUCUGAUAAAGGGCCCUCAUGGUUCCAUGGUAGCCGCCCCUACGGAGAUAAAAUUACAUAUAGACGGUGACACCCUUAAGCCGAACGAUGAGGGUUUGGUGGUUGAAUAUGAGAAUCACCAUCAGAAGCAAAAAGUGGUUGAUUUGGUUGGAACUGAUUAAGAUGGGUGUUCUUUAAAAUGUCUUUAAAGGGUUUUAAGUGGCUAUUGUAUAUUUGGUUAUUUAUUAGGUUCUUCGAGGGCUUUCAUUUGUAAAAUCUGUCAUCUUAAGAUGCCCUAUUUUGUCUAAAUAUUUAAGACAAGAACAUUUAUCUGGUUUAUAUCGUUUACUAUUUUUAUUACUUUUAUAAUGAACAUAUUAAAGAUGUCUUAAAAAUGUCUUUAAUUCAUUAUAAUAUAAGAAUUCAAACUUUUAAAUACUUUUAGAGCAGUACCAAUAAAGUCAUAAAAAUUCUUAGAUAUGAGAUGAAGAGAUAGAUACAGAAAAAAAUUAAAGAAAGUUGGUCAACAUAAUUAUCUUCACUCUGCUCUGAAGUUCAUACGGACCUCAAUGAUUCUUCUAUUUGGCCGUUUUUUGUUUCUUUUUAUGUACGGCCCCUAAAACCUUUAAAGCACAUUUUAAAACACUUGUUCUAACAUAAAUAAUGUACAAAAACUCGUUUCUAUAAAAUACAAAUUGAAGUUUUAAUAUUCCUAAUCCAACUGUUAUUUUUUUGUACUAAUAUAGAUCUAUUUAAACUUAUGUAAAUAUGAAGAGGACGAAAUUUGGCUGUGUAGGUUAUACUGCAUAAUAAAUACGUAAGAUUUUGUUACUUUAAAGUCUAUUUUAUUCUUUGUUAUAGGUCUUUAUAGUCUACUAGAUAGUGAAUUUAUAAAUGUAUAAUAAUGUCUUGCAAUUGAGCAUCUAUUAAUAAAGUAAUUUAGCUCAAGUUUUAAAGUGACAUUCUAAUAUACAUCAACAAUUGUUAACUUGGUAAAUUUAACCUAUUUAGGCUCUGUAGAUACGUAGUAUUCUAUUCAAUUAAAAUGUCUGUUAAUGAAACUUUCCCAAUAUAACUAUUAGUUAUUUGAAACAA